GCGAUUGUGCCACCGAAUCUUCAAUUGUUCCUCUCCGUCUCUGGCUCUCUGCUCUGUACACUCUGUAUAACUCUGUACUACUGCUCCUGGUGCUGCUGUCUGCUGUGCAAGAGCUGUCGCUGCCUAGGAGAAACUAACACUGCGCAUGCGCGACAUCUGGGAGAAAUCACACUGAAAAACGAAAAUUGCCGAAAAUGUAAUUCAAAAUCUCACAUAAAACUCCGCGGGUCCGACAACUACUGCAACGACUGUUUCGAAGCGUACGCGACCCACAAAUUCCGCGGUACGCUUGGAAAGUCAAAGUUGGUACGCCCGAACGACAAAAUCCUCGUGGGAUUCUCCGGCUCAGCUGGUUCGGUAGCUCUCUUGAACUUAAUCCGAGCUGGAAUGCAAGAAAGCGUGCACAAGAGACUAGUUUUUGAGACUCAAGUCAUUUUUAUCGACUAUUUUCUAGAACCUAGAACCGAAAUUGAAAAAAAAACUACUAUUGACUCAAUAAUAACUCUAAUAAAGUCCUUCGGUUUUCCAGGUUAUGUCAGCUCUUUAUCAGAAAUUUACAACCCGGAGGUUAAAAUUCAUAAAAUAGAUGAAAUUAAUUACAAUUAUUGUCAGCAAGCUUCAGAAGAAAGCCUAAAAAAUUUAUUCCAAGCUUUAACAAAUGAAACAGCAAAGCAGGAACUGCUAAAAAAAUUACGGCUGACACUGCUGGCAUCUAUCGCUAGAAACUUGCAAUGUUCCAAAGUGUUCCUGGCAGAUAGCGCCACUAGUCUAGCGGUGGAUAUUUUAAGCAACGUCGCAGUUGGUCGUGGAGCGCAACUUUCUUUAGAUGUUGGGUUUGUUGAUGAUCGGUUCCAGGAACUGGCGAUCUUAAGGCCCAUGAGGGACUUUACGAAACAGGAACUUGAUUAUUAUUUGGAACUUCACGGAUUGGAACCUUUAAAGAGGAAUAAAAAAACUAACGACAAUCCUUUUGAGUCAAUUCAAAAACUAACUGAAGACUUUGUUCUGGAUUUAGAGUCUCAGUUCACUGGAACUGUCUCUACUGUCUACAGAACUGGCGCUAAAAUUUCCAGCCAGGGAUUUUCAGCAGAGGAAGAGCAAGUUUGUGUCAUUUGUAAUGCGCCUGUUGACACCAAGCCUCAAGAUGGAGCCACUGCUAUCUUAGCGACGGAGUUUUCGAGGUUUAUUUCGACUAGGGGGGUUAGGGCUGUUGAGAGGAACAAUGGAGAUUGUGGUAGCUUCAAGGAACCUUGUGGAGGGUGUGAAGGAGAUUGUGGGAGUAAGAAGGAACAGAGGGUGACUGUGGAACAGUUGAGGAGGUUCUUGUGCUAUGGGUGUAGGUUGAUUGUUCAUGAUAAGUUUGAGGUUGAUAAAUUACCGGGUAAUAUUACAAAGAAGGUUAAACAGUUGGCUUGUUUUGAAGAUAUGAGAGAACAGAUUAAGGAUUUUUUACUGUGA